AUGCUGCGAACGUUGCCUUUUGUGCAUCCUCUCCAAGCCCUGAACUUACUCCAGUCGGCCUCUCCAGGCCCAGCUCUUCCUCUCGGCGGCCUCUGCAGGCCCAGACUGUCGUCAAGUCGGCCUGUCCAGGGCCAGCUCCUGCCUCCCGGCGGCCUCUACAGGCCCAAGUCGUACUCAAGUCGGCCUCCCCAGGCCCAGCUCCGGCCUCUCGGUGGCUUCUCAGGGUGCAAAAGUUCCUUGAGUCAGCCUCUCCAGGCCCAGCUCCUCCUGCCUCCCAGUGGCCUUUCGGCCCAGCCCAGCUCAUGCCUCUGGUGGCCUUCCCAGGCCCCGCUUUGGACUUUCAGUGGCCUCUGCAGGCCUCGACAAGGCCCGGCCUCCUGCCUCCCGAAGACCUGCACAGGCCCAGCCUCUGCCUCACAGCGGACUCUCCACACCCAGCUAGCUCUCGCCUCACUGCAGCCUCCCGAGUCCAAAGCUCCUGCCUCUCGGCCGCUUCGGCAGGCCCAGCUCCCGCCUGCCAGUGGCCUCUUCAGGCCCAUGGGGUUCAUUCCUCACAACAGCCUUUCCAGGCCCAGUUUUUCCCUUCCAGCGGCCUCUCCAAGCUCAGAACCUCCUCAAGUCGGCCUCUCCAGACCCACUUGCACCCUCCGGGCAUCCUCUCCGGGCCAAGCUCCUCUUCCUGGCUGCGUCUCCAGGCCCGACUCCUGCCUGUCAACAACCUCUUUGGACUCAGUGCCUACCCAUCUCCUGGCGUCCUUGGUCGGCCCACAGCUUCCUCAAGCCAAGCUCCCCAGGCCCAGGUCAGGCCUCACGGUGCCCCCUCCACGAUGAGCUCCUGCCCUCUGAUGGCACCUGCAGGCCCCAAAUGGUCUCCGGUCGGUGGGCUCCUCCACGCCAAGCUUGGGCCUCCCGGCGACCUCUGCAGGCCCAAGUUGUCCUGAAGUGGGCAUCUCCCAGCCAUGCCUCCCAGCAAGUAAGCAAGCUCUUUUGGCUCAACUCCUGCCCAGCUCCCAACCGCCUUUGUAGGCCCUGAACUUUCUCCAGCCAAGUUUUUCGGGCCUAAUUCCUGCCGCCCGGUGGCCUGUACGGCCCAGCAAUGGUUGGAGAACGGCCUCUGCAGGCCCCGCCCUUGCCUCCCAGGGGCCUCUCCAGGCCCAGCUCUUGCCCCCACGGUGGCCUCCCGGGGCCAAGUCCCUGCCUGCCUCCCAGCAGCCCGCGUGCAGCCCAGCUCCUCCCUCACGGUGGCCUGUUGAUGCCCAUGCCUCUGGUACCCUGCCCAGAGGCAUGAGCCCCUGCCACACACUGGCUCCUCCCACGCUGAGAGAGGUCAGCGUGAGCCCUUGCCUCACACCGGCCCCUCCCACGCUGAGAGAGGUCAGUGUGAGCCCUUGUCUCACACCGGCCCCUCCCACGCUGAGAGAGGUUAGCGUGAGCCCCUUGCCUCACACCGGCCCCUCCCAGGCUGAGAGAGGUCAGCGUGAGCCCUUGCCUCACACCGGCCUCUCCCAUGCUGAGAGAGGUCAGUGUGAGCCCUUGUCUCACACCGGCCCCUCCCACGCUGAGAGAGGUCGGCGUGAGCCCUUGACUCACACCAGCCCCUCCCACGCUGAGAGAGGUCAGCCUGAGCCCCUAGCCUCACACCGGCCCCUCCCACGCUGAGAGAGGUCAACGUGAGCCCCUUGUCUCACACCGGCCCCUCCCACGCUGAGAGAGGUCAGCCUGAGCCCCUAGCCUCACACCGGCCCCUCCCACGCUGAGAGAGGUCAACGUGAGCCCCUUGUCUCACACCGGCCCCUCCCACGCUGAGAGAGGUCAACGUGAGCCCCUUGCCUCACACCGGCCCCUCCCACGCUGAGAGAGGUCAACGUGAGCCCUUGCCUCACAUCGGCCCCUCCCACGCUGAGAGAGGUCAGCGUGAGCCCCUAGCCUCACACCGGCCCCUCCCACGCUGAGAGAGGUCAGCGUGAGCCCUUGCUUCACACCCGCCCCUCCCUCGCUGAGAGAGGUCAACGUGAGCCCUUGCCUCACACCGGCCCCUCCCAGGCUGAGAGAGGUCAGCCUGAGCCCCUUGCCUCACACCGGCCCCUCCCAGGCUGAGAGAGGUCAACAUGAGCCCUUGCCUCACACCGGCCCCUCCCAGGCUGAGAGAGGUCAGCCUGAGCCCCUUGCCUCACACCGGCCCCUCCCAGGCUGAGAGAGGUCAGCCUGAGCCCCUUGCCUCACACCGGCCCCUCCCAGGCUGAGAGAGGUCAACGUGAGCCCUUGCCUCACGCCGGCCCCUCCCAGGCUGAGAGCGGUCAGCCUGAGCCCCUUGCUUCACACCGGCCCCUCCCACGCUGAGAGAGGUCAACGUGAGCCCUUGCCUCACACCGGCCCCUCCCAGGCUGAGAGAGGUCAGCGUGAGCCCUUGCCACACAUUGGCUCCUCCCACGCUGAGAGAGGUCAGCCUGAGCCCCUUGCCUCACACCGGCCCCUCCCAGGCUGAAAGAGGUCAGCGUGAGCCCUUGCCUCACACCGGCCCCUCCCAGGCUGAGAGAGGUCAACGUGAGCCCCUUGCUUCACACCGGCCCCUCCCAGGCUGAGAGAGGUCAACGUGAGCCCUUGCCUCACACCGGCCCCUCCCAGGCUGAGAGAGGUCAGCGUGAGCCCUUGCCUCACACCGGCCCCUCCCACGCUGAGAGAGGUCAGCCUGAGCCCCUUGCCUCACACCGGCCCCUCCCAGGCUGAGAGAGGUCAAUGUGAGCCCUUGCUUCACACCGGCCCCUCCCACGCUGAGAGAGGUCAGCGUGAGCCCCUGCCUCAACAGGCCACCGUGAGGGAGGAGCAGGGUCGCACGCGGGCUGCUGGGAGGCAGGCAGGGACUUGGGCCUGGGGGGUCGCCGUGGGGCGAGAGCUGGGCCUGGAGACACCCCUGGGAGGCAACAGCGGGGCCUGCAGACGCUCGCCUCCAGCCGGAGCUGGGACUGUUCAGGUACUGGGAGGCGGGAUGUGGCUCUGAAGAGCUUGGUUGCAGAAACCUCGGGGUCUACAAACGCAGGCGGGAGCUGAGCCAAAAAAGCUUGUUUGCUGGGAGGCGGGAGAUGCAGCCAGGAGAAACAGCUGUGCCUGCAGAGGCCGCCAUGUGGGAGGCGGAGGCCGGGCCUCCUCAAAUCGGCCGGGCCUCCUCAAAUCGGCCUCUCCAGACCCACUUGCAGCCUCCCGGCGUCCUCUCCGGGCCCAGCUCUUCCUCCCGGCUGCGUCUCCAGGCCGGACUCUGGCCUCCCAACAAUGUCUUUGGACUCAGCUCCUGCCCAGCUCCCAGCGGCCCUGGUAGGCCCACCACUUCCCGAAGCCAAGCUCCCCAGGCCCAGCUCAGGCCUCACGGUGGCCUCUCCAGGCUCAGCUCCUGCCCUCCAAUGGCAUCUGCAGGCCCCAAACGGCCUCCGGUCGGUGGGCUCCUCUAGGCCCAGCUGGGGCCUCCCGGCGGCCUCUGCAGGCCCAAGUCGUCCUCAAGUCGGCCUGGAAUUGGGCCUGGAAGAGCAGCAAGUCGGCCUCCCCGGGCCCAGCUCCUCCUGCCUCCCAGUGGCGUCUUUUGGCCCAGCCCAGCUCAUGGCUCUCGGCGGCCUUCCCAGGCCCCGCUUUUGACUUUUGGCGGCCUCUUCAGGCCCAGAACUUGACCUCCAGUCGGCCUUUGCAGGCCCGGCCUACUGCCUCUCAAAGGCCUGCACGGGCCCGGACUCACAGCGGACUCACAGCGGACUCUCCGUGCCCAGCUAGCUCUCGCCUCACUGCGGCCUCCCGAGUCCAAAGCUCCUGCCUCUCGGCCGCUUCGGCAGGCCCAGCUCCCGCCUGCCAGUGGCCUCUUUAGGCCCAGCUCAUUCCUCACAACGGCCUUCCCAGGCCCCGUUUUUCCCUUCCGGCAGCCUCUUGGCCUCUAAUUUGUUUAUCUUUUGUGUAUAAAUCCCAAAAUAUUGAAUUUUGGAAUAUUUCCACCAUUAUGUAAAUAUUUUGGUAGGUAAUUUAUUUGGAGUGAGUUUCUGCA